CUCGAAGAGAGCGAGGAGUUUAACUCACUAGUAGGAACUCCGUUAAUCUGCGCUAGUCUUGUGAAAAAGCUCGCCCUCUGUCCUCUACACUAGGACAGCUUUGGAAACGAACCACCCGUGCGCGCUGUGCUUAUUAAACAUAUUUUCCGCCACGUUCAUCCGGCUCAGGAAUACAAAGUUGUAUCACUCGACUGAACACGUUUUAUGACAGAACAUUCUGUAGUUUUGCCUUUUGAGUGGCACUGGCAUUGGAUAUACACGCGCGAGACUCGCGCCCGUUUUUGCUACUUCGUGUGGAAUAUCUGAGGACUUUAUUUAACACCCCUGGAGGAAAGAAAAACAACUUUGUGGAAAUAUUGGAGUUUAUUUAUCAAUUAUUAGUAUUAUUGUUAUCUCAUAAAGUACGUUAUUGCGGUGUGUGUUGUGAGAGUCUUCGCCGCCCCUUUUAAACCAGAAUUAGUCAGUGUGGUCCCGGAGAAAGGCAAGAUCUGUGUCUUCUCGAUCUCGCGCAUUCUCCUCAGAUCCUUUUCCAUUUUCCCUCCAUUUUUUCCUUUUUUUUUUUUUUUGGUCUAUCCAUGGAAUAACUGAAAAGGAAAACGACAAGGUGUCUUGUUUUUUCCACCACCUGUGACUGACAGGCGGUUUAGUGUUGGCGCUUCUCCGGAGAAUGCUCAAUGAUCGAUGGGGAAUCAUGAACAGCUCACCGGAACUCGAAGACGGACAGCGGGGCAAAAAUCAGACAUUCCGUCAGUGUGUGCCCAACUCCUCUCAGCUCAAACAUCGCUGGUCAGACUCAAACACAGUCAGGCAAACACCGCCCAAGAGGAUGAGUUGUAGCUAUCUGCUGUGUACCAUCCUGCUCUUUGUGGCCGUUCUGCUUGCAGUCACAGUGACUGGAACCAUUCUUCUUAUGAACCACUACCAGGCUCCCCCCAUGUCGGAUGGUCCGCCCCAUAUUAGCACCAAUCAGGACGAAGCCAAUGCAUUGGUGACAGUCGAGAGAGGUGAUGGAUCACGCAUUAAUAUCUUCAUCGACCCUAACUGCCCUGAUUAUAACAGUAACUUCUUGCGGCUGGAAGGCGUGCAGACAUCUUUGCUGCACUCGCUCACCGACCAUGAUACAGAUCUUAAGUCCGUCAAAGGUCAGGAUCGAGCGCUAUUGGUCAACUUGGCAGAGGAAGUUGCUAAGCUGUCAGCCCAUGCGGGCCAGCUGAAGAUGGACUAUGAGUCUCUUAGACGAGGACAAGGCAACCUGGGACAGGACCUGAACACAUUGCAAACUGAACAGAACAGACUUAUACAGCUGCUGUCCGAGAGCCAGAUUAACAUGGUGAAGGUUGUCAACUCUGUGAGCGAUGCUCUGAAUGCCAUGCAGAAGGACACGGGAGGUCUGAAGGCCAGGGUGAAGGCUGACCUGCAGAGGGCACCAGUUAGAGGAGUUCGCCUUAAAGGCUGUGCUAAUGGCUCUCGACCACGGGACUGUAGUGAUAUAUAUGCUAGCGGUCAGAGGGAAGAUGGCAUCUACUCUGUUUUUCCCACUCAUUACCCUGCCGGCUUUCAGGUCUACUGUGAUAUGAGCACGGAUGGAGGUGGAUGGACGGUGAUCCAGCGCAGGGAGGAUGGGUCUGUGAACUUCUUCAGGGAGUGGGAUUCCUACAGAGAAGGAUUUGGCAAAAUCACUGGAGAGUAUUGGCUCGGUUUGAAACAGAUCCAUGCUCUCUCUAUCCAAGGAAACUACGAAUUACGCAUAGAUCUUGAAGACUUUGAGAACAGCACAGCUUUUGCGCAGUAUGGUGUUUUUGGAGUCGGGCUGUUUUCUGUUGAUCCUGAGGAUGAUGGUUACCCCCUCACCAUUGCUGAUUACACCGGCACUGCAGGAGAUUCGUUGCUAAAGCAUAACGGAAUGAAGUUCACAACGAAAGACAGAGACAACGAUCAUUCAGAGAACAACUGCGCUUCGUCCUACCAUGGCGCCUGGUGGUACCGCAACUGCCACACCUCCAACCUGAAUGGCCAAUACCUGCGCGGACAGCAUACCUCUUACGCCGAUGGGAUCGAGUGGUCGUCCUGGACCGGGUGGCAGUACUCGCUCAAAUUCACAGAAAUGAAGAUUCGACCAACACGCGAAGAGCGAGAGAGCAAGUAAACGUGCAAAAAGUAAUAUUUAAAUGUGAAGAAGUGAAAAAAAAAAAUGUAAAUAAAUGUUUAAAAGACUUAAAUAUGGAAUGUACAAUGUGGAAAACAACAAGAACAGUUGUUGACAUUGCUGAUCUGGAAGAGAGCUUUCUGUGUUCCUGUUUAUUAAUUUGGCUCAAACGUCACACUGUUGUGUGGCUGUGCUGUAAGUCCUGCCCUUCAUGUGACAAUCUCUUCAUCAUCAGCCCUUGAAGUUUCUUCACACCCCAGCUGUCAGAUCUCAGCUCACUCCUGCACUGACUCAACUACUCUUCAGUGUCAUACUUCGGUUCUAAUAAAAAUGACACUGAAUCAAGUGUACAAUUGUGUUGCCACUGGUUAGAGGAAUAACAAGUACAACAGUGAAAUGUUGGAAUGGUUCCCGAUUACAUUCUACGCCAAGACCAAAUCUCUGCUAAGUGUUCAUACUUGAAGAAGUGUGGAAGAUGGGAGGGAAAAUAUAGAGAGAGGUGGUCUGGGAGGAGAGGAGUGCAAAGAAUUCGGUGGCAGGCCAUUAGCGAGCAUAUUGGCCACUUUGUCUGAUCGCCAUUGCCAAGUGAUCAUCAGCAAGGCUCUUUAUCUCACACAUAGGCAGAUGGAGGCUGUUUGUGUGCGUGUGAAUGAGAUAAAAAGAAAAUGUGAUAUUGUCCCGUCUUCUUUCCGAGCGUGUAUUUCUGUUUCAGCAUUCUCGAGGAAUCUCUUUAUCGGCCCGACGAGAUCUGUCGAGUGUGUUUACUUGGCACUCACGCACACUUCAUUUGUUCACGCAUGGCUUCAGAACCCGUGUCAAAACCCUAAUUUAAACAAGCCUCCCCUCCCUGCCGUCUUUUAUGUGUGAACGCUAAAAAGUAUAUCAGCACAUUCACUGCCGUCUCUCUCUUCAACUCUUUUUUUACAAAGGUCAGACAUCUUAAACGUGAAUAGUGUGCUCCUUUACCCCAGUCUUCUUCUCAUUUGUUCUUUCUCUGCUCUACCCUCACUCCUUCAGUUUGUUUUCUUUGGUCCCCUGUGGAAGUGGAAAGGGUCAAUGUGUCAUUUAAUACAAUUACUCUGCUCAUUUUUCUCUUUUCUUUGCUCUUUUCUGACUUUUCCAUUUCCUCUGGCUUCUGUUCCACAAUUCAUCCCUUUCUCAACCUAUUUUUUUUUUAAAUAAAAAAAUGAACAUUAUCAUGAUAAUGACUGUACUUUGUACUUUGUUUAAAUUGUGUAAUUUUGAAUUCAGAAAAGAAAGAUUUACAUUAUUUAACAUGAUUAACGCACUAACAAAACUUUUGUUCCCUUGUAUAAAUACAAAAUAAGUUUUCAGGCGGAUUUGUGAAUGAACUUGUGCAAAUAUGAACACUGAUUCAUUCAUCUUGAAUUUUGCGAUUUUGAUUUUUACUUUAUAAAUGUUCCAAGAGCUUUAAGAUGUGUAGAUUUCAUGUACAAUGUGUAUGUUAUAGAGACUUUUAGCGCAUGUGAAAUGUUUUCUUAUGGGAAAUUGAUAAAAGCACACAAAUGAAACAAUGUACGGUAAAGAUCCUCAAAAUGGCCUGAUAAUGCCUGUAGUCAUGUGACUGGGAUUGAAUGGCCUGUUGUGUGGGACUAAAGUCUUUUGAAUGGACAUGUUUUAAAUUCUGGUCUGACAAAAGUGCAGUUAAAAUCCAUUAAAUCUACAACAACGAAUAAUGAGCACAUUACUCUGGAAAAUAUGUGGGAAGAUGACUGUAAAAGCAACAUUACAGGAUGUUGUCAAGACUCUUCAAUGGACAUGAGUGAGUGCUUGCCAUCAUCUAUGGAGACUCCUCGAAGUUUGCACCACUUUAAUUACAAAGUUACCUCUGUCGGUUUGUUUUUCCGUUGUGCAUUUUCAAUUGUACAACUCUAAAUCUCAUUCUGUGGAAUUACGUUGCAAUCAGCCCCUUUUUUUCUGUCAUCAUUUGUUUCAAAGUUAACCAUUGUGCCUGUUCAGCUGUCAAUAACAUUUCGGUGCCAGUGCAUUGCCAUGGUAAUGAUCCCCUGAGCAAAAGCUAAAAGACUGAUGAAAGGAAAUAGAUGUUAAAUGAUGUAACAACAAUGUCAUGAAACUAAGUCAACAAAGGACAAGUAGUGCACCUAUAACUUACUUGACAGAUACAAAUUUGAAAUAAUUUGUAAUUGAGGGUCUCUAUGAGAAUGUGUGUGUGUCUGUGUGUGCGUAUGUGAAUGAAACAGAAAAUAUACUUUUAAAGAAGAAAAGGUAUUUGUUACUUCUAUGUAUGACAUUGGAUCUUCAUACUGUGUGCAAAAAAACAAACAAACAAAAAAAACAAUAAAUAACAUAUAAAUAAACUGAUUUCUGCAAUGGCACUGCAUGGAUUUUAAGACAGAUCGUCUUUUCUGUGCAUCCGUACAUUUCUUCAUUUCCAGCAGGAAAUCUUUCCAUCGUCCUCUCCAGCUGUUUUUAAUACUUACAGGGCAUUUGCUCUUGACACAUUACACUUUUCAGAGACACUCAGGAUUUGUGAUUGUUCCCUAUCGACACAUUUCCUCAAACUUUUGCUCUAUAAAUAAGUAUAAAAAAAAAAUGUCUGGCUGAAUCGUUAUGUGUGGUUUAAAGCAAUUGGCAACUGCCAAAGAACAUCCUGUUCCCAUUUCCCAGCUUUAAAAUGAUGCGUGUUUCUGUGUGUGCAUUGCUGGGUGUGUGUGUGUUUGUGUUUUGAGUGAGCUACUGUAUAGUGAGAGAUGGAGAAAGAUGACUGCAUGGCAUGUGCAAAUGGGAAUGAUAGAGAGCAGCACAUGGAAUUGCGUGUGAGUUCACUGCUGAAUGUGUUGGUUCCAUUUUUGCCGCUAUAAUGGCAGCUCCCCAGGGAAGACACCAUUACAGAUGAGCAAUAAAACUGUAACCGCCUAAUGGCCAUCUUUCCUUAACAGCGCAAAGGAGGGUGACCUGGACCAUCAAGUGCUUUAUUAGCAAAUUGGAUAAAAGAAAAAUAUAUUGAAAUGCUUGUAUUUUGCUUUUGUUUUUCCUCUAUAUUUUUUUAUUAGUUUAGUUUAGGAUAUUUACAAAGACGACAUUUACAAAGUAAAGUCUUGAGUGUCAACAGCACUGUUACCAUUAUUUGUUCCAUUUAAAUAAAUGAACUAUUACGUAGAUCUAAAGAAUUUUG